UUUAAUUUAGAUCAGGAGGCAAUUUUAAUCCCUAGCAUUAUUUAAUAAUAAUUUUAAUCUAUCCAUCAUUCGUCCUUUGAAAAUUUAGGAAUAAUGGGGUUGAGUGAUGCUGAUGUUCAGAAACAAAUCAAACAUAUGCUGGCUUUUAUAGAGCAAGAGGCUAGUGAAAAAGUGGAAGAAAUUGACGCUAAGGCUGAAGAAGAGUUUAACAUUGAAAAGGGUAAAUUGGUGCAACAACAAAGGGUAAAAAUUAUGGAAUAUUAUGAAAAAAAGGAAAAAUUAGUGGAAUUACAAAGGAAGAUACAAAAUUCUAAUCUAACCAGUCAAUCUAAAUUAAAAAUUUUAAAAGCAAAAGAAAGUCAUAUGCAACAUGUACUUGAAGAAGCCCAUAAACAAUUAUCAAAAAUUGUGCAAGAAAAGGGUAAAUAUAGAGAAUUAUUGAAACUAUUAAUAAUUGAAAGCUUAUUUGAAUUGUUAGAGCCUGAAGUUAUACUACAGUGCAAAAAAUCAGAUGCUGAAACAAUCAAAGGACUUUUGAAUGAAUGUAUACAAGUUUAUCAAAAAAAUGCUGGACAAAAUAUUACCUUAGAAGUAAAUUCUAGUCAAUUUUUGCCUGAAGAUAAUCUUGGAGGUAUUAUGGCAUCUAAUAAAUCUGGAAAAAUAAAAGUAGCUAACACUUUUGAUAGUAGGCUUGAACAAGGUUAUAAUCAAUUAAUUCCAGAAAUUAAAGAAACAUUAUUUGGGCGUAAUAAAAACCGAAAGUUUUAUGAUUAAUCGGGAAUCCAUCAUUCCUAUACGCUACAUUUAGGAGAAGAAGAAAAGACCAAUAUAACACAAAACACUCCACAUAAAAAAUUAUGAAUUAUAUUUUUUUUCACAAUUAUUGCCAAUUUUUUAAUUACGAGGCAUGGUAUCAUAAAUUAAUUGUAUAGUUAUAUAUUUAUAUACUAUCUAUAACGUUAUUUAUUUAUAUAUUAUAUUAUUCGAUAAGUUUUGCUAUACUAAAUAAUAUUUUAAAGAAGAUAUACUAGUAAAAUAUAUCAGUGGCGGACGAAAUUCGUAAGAAAACUCUUUCCCCCACUAAUUCAGAUCUAGUUAUUCUUUAAUUUUUUGGUCAUACAAUAAAAAUUUAUAAAGACUUCCCGAAAAACAAUUGUGAAUGAUUUAAAUAUUCGAUCAUAAUGCUAAAUUGUUGCUUCUAAUAAAACACAUACUUAAACAUUAUAAUUUAUUUAUGCUUUGUGAAUAAUGAAGGCGGUGACCCAGAUCUCACUUUAAUGAACAUAGGUUCGUACCAAUAUAAUAAUUAUAGUUUAGAUAAGGUUCAUAAAAAAAUAAAAUAUUGGCUCUGUU